AUGCAUUGGAGUACUGAUGUAUACCAUGCACCUGAAUUUACAUAUAGUAAUGUACACCUCUUACCAAAAACAAGUCAUUUAUGGAUAUUAUCGGGGUGUUCUCGUGGAUUCAGUAUAGUUCCUUUUUCACUACAUAAGGAUCAAGAUCAAAUAAACGUUCAUUCUCUUUCUGUCGAAAGACAAUCCAUUUUGAGCCUUUCAGUAAAUAAUGAGCAAGUUAAAAGCAAAUUCUUUAGUUCAAAUCUUUCGGGUAAAAAAGAAAGUAGGAUUCCGGAUUAUUCAGAACUAAAUCGAGUCAUAUGUACGGAUCAUUGUCAUCUCAUAUAUCCUGAGACUCUCUAUGAGAAUUCUUAUUUAUUGGCAAAAAGGCGAACAAAUCGAUUCAUCAUCCCCUUCCAGUCGAUUCAAGAAAAAGAGAAAGAACUAAUGCCCCUUUUGGGUAUCUCGAUUCAAAUACCGACAAAUGGUAUUUUCCGCAGAAAUAGUAUUUUUGCUUAUUUCGACGAUCCCCAAUAUCGAAGAAACAGUUCAGGAAUUACUAAAUAUGGGGCUUUAGAUGUACAUUCAAUCAUAAACAUAAAAAAAGAGGAUUUGAUUGAGUAUCGAGGAAUCAAAGAAUUUAAACCAAAAUACCAAAUGAAAAUAGAUCGCUUUUUUUUCAUUCCCGAGGAAGUUUAUAUUUUCCCCGAGUCCUCUCCCCUAAUGGUACGGAACAAUAGUAUCAUUGGAGUAGAUACACAAAUCACUUUAAAUACAAGAAGCCGAGUAGGCGGAUUGAUUCGAGUGGAGAGAAAAAAAAAAAAAUUUGAAGUGAAAAUUUUUUCUGGAGAUAUCCAUUUUCCGGGAGCGACCGAUAAGAUAUCGCGCCACAGUGGUAUCUUGAUACCACCGGGAACAGUAACAUCAAAUUCUAAAAAAUUGAAAAAAGUCAAAAGUUGGAUUUAUGUACAACGGAUCACACCUACCAAGAAAAGAUAUUUUGUUCUAGUUCGACCGGUAAUUAUAUAUGAAAUAGCGGACGGUAUAAAUUUAGAACCACUUUUCACCCAGGAUGUAUUGCAGGAAAAGGAUAAUCUGAAAUUUCAAGUUGUCAAUUACAUUCUUUAUGGAAAUGAUAAUGGUAAACCGAUUCGGGGAAUUUUGGACACAAGUAUUCAAUUAGUUCGGACUUGUUUAGUGUUGAAUUGGGACCAAAACAAAAAAGGUUCUUCUAUCGAGGAAGCCCGCGCUUCUUUUGUUGAAGUAAGUAUAAAAGGUCUGGUUUGUAAUUUCCUCAAAAUCCGCUUAUUGAAAUCCCAUAUUUCAUAUAUUAGCAAAAAAAGGAAUGAUCCCCGAGGUUCCGAAUUUUUCUCUGAUAAUGGUUCAACUCACACCAAUAUUAAUCCAUUUUAUUUCAAUUAUUCUAAGGCAAAGAUUCAACCAUCACUUAAACAAAAUCAAGGAACCAUUAGUACAUUGUUGAAUAGAAAUAAAGAAUCUCAAUCUUUGAUAAUUUUGUCAUCAUCUAAUUGUUUUCGAAUGGAUCUAUUCAACGAUGUAAAAUCGAAAAAUGCAAUAAAAGAAUCAAUUAAAAGAGAUCCUAGAAUUCCAAUUACGAAUUCGUUGGGGCCUUUAGGAGCAGCCCCUCAAAUUGUUAAUUUUUUUUCAUUUUACCAUUUAAUGACGCAUAAUCAGAUCUCGAUAAAUAAAUAUUUGAAACUUGACAAGUUAAAACAGACUUUUCGCGUACUUAAAUAUUAUUUAAUGGGUGAAAACGGGAGAAUCGGUAAUCCUGAUCCGUAUUCGGGUGGUAAGAGUGUAUUGAAUCCAUUUAAUUUGGAUUGGUAUUUUCUCCAUGAAAAUUAUAAUCAUAAUUAUUGUGCCGAAACAGUCACAUUAAUUAGCCUGGGGCAGUUUAUUUGUGAAAAUGUAUGUAUGGCCAAAGAUGGACCAUACCUCCAAUCUGGUCAAGUUAUAAUUGUUUACGUUGAUUCUGUCGUAAUAAGAUCUGCUAAACCUUAUUUGGCCACUCCGGAAGCAACUGUUCAUGGCCAUUACGGAAAAAUCCUUUACGAAGGGGAUACAUUAGUUACAUUUAUCAUUUUCUAUAGGUACAACCUUACGUAA